GGCAUCAGCUGAUAGUGCGAUGGUGACCUGUCGGCUGCUACUAGUCUGGUUCCUCAGCGCAGCCACAGCCUCUAGCAUCCUGUACCCGUCCUGGCAGCAAUACUACCCUCCUCGCAAAUGGGCUUUCUACGAUGAGCAGAUACACGGUCGGCCUCCCAGGGUUCGAGUUGGCAGAGGGCGCUACCGUCUCCUUCCCGUUGGUGCAGAACUCAUGUGUGACUUUCCUCCUCAUUUCCGCUUGGUCUCGAAUGUGGUGUGGGAGCGCGCCGAUCUUGGUGACAGGAACAGUCUCAACAACAUUUACAGGAGCUUCGGUUUACCACACGCCUUCACCAUUCACACGCGGCCUUCAGGUUCCACCUUACAUCUGCUAACGGCUUCCCCCUUGGACAAGGGUCUGUACCGGUGUAUUGUCUCUGCUGUGGACACCGCGUCACCUGAGAGCCCUGCCCUCACCGUCUUCCAAGACAUCGAGUUCUUGCCACACCUUUGAGAUCUGUUGACCACUUUUUGCAUACACAAGACACUCAAAAAUGCCUGUUCACAUCAUUGUCUCCACUAGCGUGGAGUCACCUACCGCAGCUCAUCCCUCAUUUGUUGAGGUCUUCCUACCGCUCAGAGUUCAACAUUUACACAGCUUCUAUAUAGCUCAAAUACACCGAUACCUACUAUCCUGCACAAUAGUCUGUAACACAGAAUUGUCUCCACCAGCGUGGAGUCACCUACCGCAGCUCAUCCCUCAUUUGUUGAGGUCUUCCUACCGCUCAGAGUUCAACAUUUACACAGUUUCUAUAUAGCUCAAAUACACCGAUACCUACUAUCCUGCACAAUAGUCUGUAACACAGAAUUGUCUCCACCAGCGUGGAGUCACCUACCGCAGCUCAUCCCUCAUUUGUUGAGGUCUUCCUACCGCUCAGAGUUCAACAUUUACACAGCUUCUAUAUAGCUCAAAUACACCGAUACCUACUAUCCUGCACAAUAGUCUGUAACACAGAAUUGUCUCCACCAGCGUGGAGUCACCUACCGCAGCUCAUCCCUCAUUUGUUGAGGUCUUCCUACCGCUCAGAGUUCAACAUUUACACAGCUUCUAUAUAGCUCAAAUACACCGAUACCUACUAUCCUGCACAAUAGUCUGUAACACAUCAUUGUCUCCACCAGCGUGGAGUCACCUACCGCAGCUCAUCCCUCAUUUGUUGAGGUCUUCCUACCGCUCAGAGUUCAACAUUUACACAGCUUCUAUAUAGCUCAAAUACACCGAUACCUACUAUCCUGCACAAUAGUCUGUAACACAUCAUUGUCUCCACCAGCGUGGAGUCACCUACCGCAGCUCAUCCCUCAUUUGUUGAGGUCUUCCUACCGCUCAGAGUUCAACAUUUACACAGCUUCUAUAUAGCUCAAAUACACCGAUACCUACUAUCCUGCACAAUAGUCUGUAACACAGAAUUGUCUCUGUCGUUUAUAUAGCCUCCUAUCAAAAUUUGACUACUACAUCAUCAAGAAUAAAGGAUAUGGAGCACUUUACUUUUGUAACUUUAUCUAUGGAAUACAGUUAUACCUUACUGAUGAAUGUACAAGAGACCAUACAGCUUUGAUAUAUCUACCAAGGUUACCACGGGUUUUCUCAAAGUCUAUAAAAAACUGGGUUCUUUCCACUUCUGUGACUUAGCAAAGUUAAUCAUUGAAAUUCCUUCAGCAUUCUCUUUUGUUAGCGUUUGGGUUAACGCUGACACUAACUCGUAUAUAUUCUGAAUAUGUUAAGGUGGUAUUAGACACAAUGGCAUGUGAAAUUUUUAUAGUUAGUAUGAAAUUUAUUCAAUUUAGAAGCUUAAUUUUAAGUUAAUAAAUCUACAUUUUCACCUGUACUUAAGUGACUUUGUGAGUAAAUGAUGAAGUAAAAGAUAUUCCAUCUCUCA